AUGAAGGAUAAGGAACCGACAUCCCUCAAAGCUAUCUUCCAAACCACCCAUCCCUACCCCUCCACCCCUCAUCCAUCAUCCCAGACCCCUCAUGUUGGUCUGAGGUUCUUCCCACAGAAUGUCUUACCAGAUGAUGACAGCAUGGAACAGCCCUCAAACUUCCUGCUUGACCCCCCCUCCUCUCCAACUUCACCCCCAAAUACCCCCACCCCCAUCCUCUGUGAGAUGAGUGGGCUCAGCCAGCCAGCCAACCUCCUUGUCUUCCGUGAAUUCAAAGUGACCACCUCUCAGGAGACUACCGCAACUCAUGCUAAUGACAGCGACCUGAGUAAUUCCAUGCACGCCCCCAGUAACGCCAUGGUGGAUUAA